AUGGACACGAGUCCAGACGUCCACCUACAAAUGCAGUUUAUGUCUGCGCAACAACAACAACAACAACAGAACCUAGAGCGACAACAACAACAACACCAGAUGAUGAUGAUGAAUAAACGUAACCUCUCACAGGAUGGUGGCGAAGCGAUGUUGUCUGCAAUGAACGAAUGUGGCAAGCCCCAAGUGGCGCGAACUAUGACGAUGCCUCCACUUCAGCAACCACAACAUGUGCCUCAGCAACCUGUUUCAAUGGCUGGCCAAUGGAAUCCGCAGUCUCAGUCCAAAAUGGUGGCGAGGCCUUCUGCUUCUCCACAGGGCCAAGUCAUAGGUUCCAUGGUCACGCAGCACCAACAACAAAUAGCUCCUUCACACAAUGCGGUCUCUCAGGAGGAUUUGCGAAUGAUGCAACAAAUACAGUCUACAAAUCGUCAGAAGGCAGGACCUCCGCUAGAGGUAAGUCAUUUCUGGCUCCAUUUUCACACCCUUUUGCGAACUGCGAUUUUUCUGUGUAACUUUGUUGGGUUAAAGCUAAAAUUAUCCUGA